AUGGAUCCCAAGCGCCGCUUGGGCCAUCACCUCAUUGAGCUGUUGAAGGUGAGCGCAAAGUUCGGACGUGCCAACAUCGAGCACAGGCGAGCGAAGGAGAUGCGCCGCAGCGCUGCAGGGAGGAUAUCUUUCACUGCAGGCGGUGCGACGGCUCCACUCCAGGGCGUGGGCUGUGGCCGCCUCGUGGGGCGAGCGCACCUGCGUGGCGAGCACUUUCGCGCCGGGCGGCUCUCCGCGCGCGCCUUGAAGCGGCGAACAAUUCGAGGUGUGAAAGGCGCAGAAGGGCCGGACGCAUUGCUCCAACGCGCCGGGCUCUGGUACCUCUUGGGCGCCUCGCUUCGCAGCCCCCGGUGCCUGAGACGGGGCCUGAAGGCCCUGCGGCGUGGGCCGGGAGGCAAUGUGGCCCUCGAGAGGAUGAAGGCCGAGACCCUGCUGAGGCUGGGCCGCUACCAGGAGGCCUUCAGCACCUUUGCAGAUCUGGCCAAGUUGCCCCGCGCUGCCGAGGAGCUCUACGUGUCGCCUUUCCGCCUGCGCCACGACGCCCGACUCCUCGAGCGGUUGGCGUCGCUUCUAUCGGAGCCGGCGAUCGGCACAUGGGCGAAGGCCCUGCGCCGGGCGCUCGAGGCAUUGGAGCAAGAAGGUGGCCCCUGCCCAGGAGAUCUAUGGUGGGCCAGCGUCCAGGAUUUGCCACGGCACAUCGCCGGGCUCCUGCGGGAGGGACGCUAUGAUCGGUUGACGGAGGUGUGCCCGCCGCCACGCGAGCUUGGCGGCGACCCUUUGCGGGAUCGUUCCUGGACAAUUUGUGAGGAGGAGUACGAAGGAAGUGGUUUGCUGGUGCUGGAUGGCUUCUUCAGCGACGCCGCUUUAUUGGAGCUGUGGACAUAUGCCACCGAGGCGCCGUGCUUCCGCUCGCUGCGCCCGGGGUAUCUCGGAGCCUUCCCAUGGGACGGCUGUGUUCACCCGCUGCUCCGCAGGACGGCGGAGGAACUGGAGACGAAGAUGCCUCGCGUGUUGGCCGGCCAUCGGCUAGCAAGGUGGUGGUUCUUCAAGUACCUGCAUGGCGGGUCUGGCGUGGGCCUCCAUGCUGACGAUGCGGCGGUGAAUGUGAACAUUUGGCUUAGUCCAGAGCAGCCCAACCAGAGAGGUGGCGGCCUUGAGAUCUACAGGUGCGCUCCGGGCCGGGGCUCCUGGACGGCGGACUUCAACCGAGUGCUGGCUGCAGGCGAGGAGGAUGUGGCCCGGGCGGCCCUGAGACAGGGAGGAGUUGACCGAGUGGCCUACAAGCAGAACCGUGCCUGCAUCUUCGUGUCCCAUCGCUAUCAUGCCUCCGAAGCCUUCGACUUUCCGGACGAGCAGAACCCUCGGGUGAACCUCACUCUUCUCUUUGGCGACCGGUCGCCGGCGCAAGACAGGCGGCGCUGA